CAAAGUAUUAGAAUGGCAUAAAAUAUGGCCCAGUUCUACUACAAAAGAAGUGUCAAUGCUCCCUACAGAGAUCGUAUCCCUCUUCGUAUUGUACGGGCAGAAUCUGAACUGUCUCAUUCAGAGAAAGCCUAUCUGAAUGCUGUGGAGAAAGGAGAUUAUGCCAGUGUGAAGAAAGCUUUGGAGGAAGCAGAAAUUUAUUUCAAGAUCAAUAUUAAUUGCAUUGAUCCCCUGGGAAGAACUGCGCUCCUCAUUGCAAUUGAAAAUGAGAACCUUGAGCUCAUUGAGCUGCUCUUAAGUUUUAAUGUAUAUGUGGGAGAUGCUCUGUUGCAUGCCAUACGAAAGGAGGUAGUUGGUGCCGUGGAGCUGCUGUUAAACCACAAGAAGCCCAGUGGGGAGAAACAG